CGGCCGGGAGCCCCGAGGCGCGGUCCGCCAGCGCAGGGAGCGCGGCGCCGGGCGAGUGCGCUGUGCUUUGCCGGGCGGCGCGCUCGCGCACUUUCCUGCGCCCCGGGCGGCCGGAGGCUUGCUGCAGCGCUUUCUGCCGAUGCAGAGCGAGUUGCCAGGCACCCUCGCGGGCCACGCACUGCUUUCUCACGGUGGAUGAGGUCGCCUGCAGACCCGGGCUGGGCCUUAUGGGCUGCCCAGGUGUAGAUUGGAGAACCUUGAGCAAAGUCUGAUGGUGCUGGCGAGUUUCUGGUAAAGAAGGAGAAGCGAAAACAGGGGGAAGUGAGAAAUACGUGACUGAGCCUGGUUUCAGAGGAGGCAAAAGAGGCUGGAUUCCGUUACACAGCUUCCAGGUUGAUGAUCCCAGCAAGAUGCUGGAGUAAAGGAGUACACCAAGGGACAAUCCAAUCCAAGAUUUUUUAAAAAGCCUCAUGGGACAUAGCACCAUUGCUGAAUGCCUGGUACAUAUAAGAAACCUGCCUGCAUGGGAGGCACUCUACAAACACAGUAUGUUACCUGAAAUCUGAGAACUAAAUGAGCCAGACUUUAAUUCUAAAUGAUGCCUUUGCAGUUUUGCUAAAUGCAAACUAACAACUCUCAAGGCCACGACAGAAGAGAAAUCAUGACUGCUUAAAGCCUAGAAGACUGCCCUUAAUAGAGUAAUCCCCAAUUGUUUGAAAUGCUGAGAACAUUGCUGCGGAGGAGACUUUUCUCUUAUCCCACGAAAUACUACUGCCUGCUUCUUGUUUUUUCCGUAGUCACCUUCUCUGUUUUGCGAAUUCAUCAGAAGCCCGAAUUUGUAAGUGUUGGACAUUUGGAGCUGGUUGGAGAGAAUCCUAGCAGUAAUAUUAAUUGUACCAAAGUUUUACAGGGUGAUGUAGAUGAAAUCCAAAAGGUACAGCUUGAAAUUCUAACAGUGAAGUUUAGGCAGCGCCCUCGGUGGACAACCAGUGACUAUAUAAACAUGACCAGAGAUUGUAAUUCGUUCAUCAAGAGGCGCAAAUACAUCAUGGAACCCCUUAGUAAAGAAGAAGCAGAAUUUCCCAUAGCAUAUUCUAUAGUAGUUCAUCACAAAAUUGAGAUGCUUGACAGGCUCCUGAGGGCCAUCUACAUGCCUCAGAAUUUCUACUGCAUUCACGUGGACAAAAAAUCCGAGGAUUCCUUCUUGGCUGCCGUGCUUGGCAUUGCGUCCUGCUUCAGUAACAUCUUCGUGGCCAGUCAGCUAGAGAGUGUGGUAUAUGCCUCAUGGAGUCGAGUUCAGGCUGACCUCAACUGCAUGCAGGACCUCCAUAGGAUGAGUGCAGACUGGAAGUACUUGAUAAAUCUUUGUGGCAUGGAUUUUCCUAUCAAAACCAACUUGGAAAUUGUCCGGAAGCUCAAAUCGCUAAUGGGUGAAAACAACCUAGAAACUGAGAGAAUGCCAUCCAACAAAAAAGAAAGGUGGAAAAAGCAUUUUACAGUUGUUAAUGGAAAGCUGACCAACACAGGGACUGACAAAAUGCAUCCACCUCUUGAAACACCUCUAUUUUCAGGCAGUGCUUAUUUUGUGGUCAGUAGGAAGUAUGUAGAAUAUGUGCUAAAGAAUGAAAAAAUCCAAAAGUUUAUGGAGUGGGCAAAAGACACAUACAGCCCUGAUGAGUACCUCUGGGCCACUAUUCAGAGGAUCCCUGAAGUCCCAGGCUCGCUGUCCUUAAGCCAGAAGUAUGACAUGUCUGACAUGCAUGCAAUCGCAAGGUUUGUCAAAUGGCAGUACUUUGAAGGUGAUGUCUCUAAGGGUGCCCCCUACCCACCGUGCAGUGGGGUCCAUGUGCGUUCUGUGUGUGUUUUCGGAGCAGGUGACUUGAACUGGAUGCUACGCAAGCACCACUUGUUUGCCAACAAGUUUGACACAGACAUUGACCUCUUUGCCAUCCAGUGUUUAGAUGAGCAUCUGAGGCAUAAAGCCCUGGAGACAUUAAAACACUGACUGUUCAUUUUGGGCAACGUUAGAAAUAAGAAGACACGUGCAUGGGAUACACCCCACCUGAUUCUUCUGCCCAGUAAUAAACAAACAUCAGAGAAACUAUAAGGGGCGCUCUUUGGGUUGGGGACUCCAAUUAGAAAUGUCCUCGAAACUGUGGUUUCUGCGGAGCACAGUGGGUUAGAAAGGUUAUAGCAUCAAAUGUUGACCUAGAGUUAGCAGGGGCCGUGACAGGUUGGGAGGCACUGGGCUGGGGGGCGGGGAGGGGGCGCUGGCUCAGGUGGCUGGGGAAGAGGCUGAAUGCAAAAACCAGCCUGUUCAAAGAACUCAGGGACUUAACAAAAUGACUAAGAUUUCAUCUGUACCAAAAUUACUUUGAGAGCUUUAAUGAUGACAAUUUUCUUAGUUUGAAUAAAUUUGCAGCAACAACCAAUUGUAAGGGUGUAAUUUAUCUUGCAGGUUUUAUUUGGUGAAAUAGAAAUUUGACUUUAAAUGGUCCUUGUAAAUAAUUUACUUUCUGCUGUAACAUUGUGCUGUGUAGCAUAUCAGUAUGCAUUGUCUCAGGGAACUUGAAAAAAUGAGCUUGAUUGAAUGUGAAUAUUUCUGAUUUUCGCUUCUAACAAUGUAUAUAUGUUUUCAAAAACAAAAAAGUAGCACUGUCUAGCUUAGUUGAUUCUAUGAAUCAUCUUAUUAGAAAAGAUAUCUUAAGUUAUUUAAAAAGUUGAGAUAUCUUUAUUAUUAUAAAUUACAGAGAAACUCAGAGAAAUUCCAUUUUUCCAAGUAUUUGUCUCUACUCACCCCCACCCUCAUCUCCUCAGACCCUGCUAUCAAGAUGUAUAAAAACUUGUUUCCAUAAUUCCCCAGAAUACUGCCUCAGUUCUCUUAUGUGACCCAAGACAGAAAGAGUGUUGUAUGUAUGGGCAGUGGAGAUCUAAGACAGAAAGGAGGAGGUAGGCAUGAGGAGUUGGAGGAGAGGCAGCCUAUUUGGGCAAUUUCUGAGAUCUUAGAUGAAUGUUCUAGCAGUCAGUACUAUUUCCAGAUAGUAAGGCUAUUGCUCUUUGGAUCCACUUAUGCCCAGCUUCCCAGGGACAACUUAAUGUCACCUGUGCCUCUAUUUCAAAGGACUGGCUGGCUUCUGUUAUCCUUGCUUCUUCGUGGUACCUGCCCCUUGGUUGUUGUUUAGCCCUUGGAUUGUAAGUUUCCUUCUUCCUCAGAACCCAUGAGGAGGGACCCAAACCCUGUGCCACAUACAUACUUGAAGGCCUGAUAAUCGUGAGGAACAUCAGGUUUGGGGCAGAUUGUUUCAGUGUUGAUAUUCACAGCCUAUGGCUUCUGCUCUACUUUUCCACCAAAAGACAAAUGAUUUGAAGUUGCCAUUGUGCUGUCUCCUAUCUCAAAGUAAAUGAAGAUUAGAAAGAAAAAAAAGAAAACGUGCUCUUUUGCUAAGCUGAUGCUAUUCAGCCAGAGAUCUAACAGGAAAUGUGAUGCUUUAUCAGUUUUCAGACACUCAACUGAGAAAAUGAUUUUAUUCCUUAAAGUUAGAGAGCAUUUUCAUUUUACGGAGAGAGCUUUGUUGUGCUGACCCUCCUGAAUGAAAUUUUCACAUUUUUAAAAUCUUUAUCAUCGUGUGUAAACAUGCAAGUCAGUAGAUUGCUGUGCUUUGCAUGAUUAGGACAGACAUUGUUGGGCCAAGAAAAACAUACUCUGAAAACUCAAAGAUAAUGUCCAUGAGGGCAUAAGAUGAUAAUGCCUUCUCUUUUGCCUUCUAAAUCGGUUUGCUCUUUUAAUGCAUGUCAAAUGUUUCUCCCAUGCUCUCUUAGCAGGAGAUUUUAUCUAUAGAUGAGUCCUUUUUUUCUCUGAAAUUAGUGGUAUUCGUUGACAAAUACUUUGUGUCUAUGUCUUAUAUUUUUACUUAAUUCAUGGUGUCUGGUUUUAUGCACAUUUUCAUUUAUUUUGAAAAUUUGCAAAUUUACAAAAAAGUUAAAAAUAAUAGUACAGUGAACACCAUAUAACCCUCACCUGGAAUCUCUGGUUGUUAACAUUGUGCCCUAUUUACUUUAAAUUAUAUGGAUUUUGGAAUUUAACAAAAUUGAAGAUUAAGUCUAUCUUUGAUUUAUUAAUAUCCAAGGUUAUUUAUUUCAACACUCUUAUUAUAGUGUGACUGCAUCUGACUUGCAUUUAAAAUUGAGCGGUUUUGAGAGAUUUUUCUCCACCAAAGAUAUAAAAAUAAGACUUUAGAGUCUCACUUCCGAAGUACCCCACUAAAACUCUGGACCUACUGUCUUCUAUAUAGCAGUGGUACUUCAGUAUUCUAAAUGGCACUUGGUGGGACAUGUCUGAACAUUACUCUAUUGCUAAUGUCUAUUACAGGGAUUAUAUAGAAUUUGUUUAUUGUGACUUCCUUUUGUACAUUUUAGCAUAACUUAAAGCAAAUAAAAUUCAUACUGCCGGGACGUGGGGUGAUGGGCUGCCUCAGUCAGUAGCGCAUGCGAAUCUUGAUCUCAGGGUAUAGAGAUUACUUAAUAAUAAAAUCUUUAAAAAUAAAAUAAAAUUCAUACUAUUGGGACAAGCAAUUUGAAGAACCAAAAAGAUGGUUUCAAAAGGAAGCAAAAAUGCAAGUUCUUUGAGAAAGAUAUAGAAAUUAUUUAAAUUGUUUCCUAUAUGUCAGUUAUUAAACACUGCUUUUACUGUCACUUAGGGUCUUAUGUAGGAAAUUAUUAGGAUUCAUUCACAAAACAAACUGCAAUUUUGAGAUGGAAGUUUUAUUCUAGUUAAUGACAUACUGCAUCAGAUUAACAUAUUACUUACAAAGAGCAAGAGUUAACAAAAACAGUUCUAUAGGCAAUUAACCUAGGCUCUUCCACACCAUAGUAAAAAAGACUGUUAAGCUUUGCAAAUGUGAAUUGUUGGGGAGGGAAAAAUUUUAGUCUACCCAGUAAGGUCCUAGCUGGCCUGAGAAUCAAACUGACAUGAGACCAAGUAAGGAGAAAUUAACAAGAGAAAGUCAAAGAGGGGUGCCUGGCUGGCUCAGUAGAGCCUGUAACUCUUGAUCUUGGGGUCAUGAGUUUGAGUCCCACAUUGGGCAUGGAGCCUACUUAAAAAAAAAAAGAAAAAAAUCAAACUAAGUUUAAUAAAUAACGUGUACCUUCUGUGUACAUGGCAGAGACCCAAGUAAACAGUAAGUUCCUGACUGAUGCCAUUGCCUUAAACAUCAGCUCUAGUUAAAGACAAAAGGUUUUGGGGGUAGAGAGGGCAUUAUGGGAGGUUACCAAAACAAUAAACCAAGGUAAGGUUAUUAUGCAGAUUUAAAUCCAUGCCUUUUCGAUUGAUAAGUUUCUAGAGAUUUAGAGUCCUCCUCUUCUUGGUAUCGAAGGAGACACCUUUAAAGGGAGAUUUCUCUUGUAUAUAUAAAUGUCUCCUAAAAGGGUAACUUCUCAGUUUUCAGAGUUUUCUGUGUCUGUAGUUUCUUUAAAAAAAAAAUAUCAGCAUAGGGGUACUUGGGUGGCUCAGUAAGGUAAACUUUGACUCUUGAUUUCAGCUCAGGUCACAUGGUCUCAAGAGUUGUGAGAUCAAGCCCCACAUCAGGCUCUGUACUCUCCUUGAGAUUUUCUCCCUCUCCCCACUGUUCAUGUGAGCUCCAUCCCUCUCUCUCUCUCUCAAGUAAAUAAAUAUUUAUGAAAAAAAAUAACCAACUUAAAAAUCGAAUAUGCCAAAGAGGCAAACUUUGGGGCAGCAAAAUCUGCUUCCCCUACAGAAGCAUUAUUGUCUCCAAACUUGGAUUUGUAUCAUUCGUCAAAUACAGUUCACUCUAAUGUAAGUAGAUGUUCUUUUGUAGUUAUUUAGGGGAAGAGGAAACCAUGUUUUAAUUUAUUAAAACUGUAGGGUCCAUUAAACUGGAUUGUUGUAGUUUGCUUAGAAAAUAAGUUAAUUCUCAUUACGUUAAAUACAAAACAAAUGAAACACUGUUUCAUGGCAAGUGGGGCUACCAUAGGUUUUACUCUUUUGAUUGUGGGCAUGACUGAAUGCAUUUGUAACUAGUCAUAUCACUAUUAAAAUCAACCAUUUAGAAAUCAA